AUGAAAAAUAUUACUAGAUUAAUAGAAUUUAGUGAUUUAAUUGAAGGCGAAAAUGGCUUUAAAUUAUUUUCAUUCGAUAACCAAAAUAAUAUAGUUUACUUCAUCACUUCAAGUAAUCAACUUAUUAUUUACUCACCAUCAAAUAAAAAAGUUACAAUGAAAAUUGAAUUAAAUGAUCAAGAUAUUCUUAGUGAAGGUGCUUUAAUUAAUUCAAUUCAAUUCAUUCCAGAUUUAGAAGCAAUUUGUAUGGCAACUGAUAAAGGUGAUAUUUUAAUGUAUUCAACUUCAAAUGGCCAACUCGAAUGUGUUGGUAUUGUUGGUUCAGGUAUUACAUGUAUGUCAUGGUCACCAGAUUAUGAAUUAUUUAUUUUAGCAACUGAAAGCGAAACCUUAAUUCAAAUGACUAAAGAUUGGGAAAUUUUAAAUGAAGUUUCAAUAAACUCAUAUUUACCAGGUAAAGAAGCAUCACAAUAUAACACAAGCAACAGCAACAAUAAUAUAACAUUAGACAAUAAAACCAAGAUCCCAAUAAUAAGUUGGAGAGGUGAUGGUCAAUAUUUCUCAUGCACAAGUUUUGAUUCAGCAACUAACAGUAUUCAAUUAAGAGUUUGGGAAAGAUCAUUACAAUUACAUUCAAUGAACGAAACAAGCGUUGCAGGUUUAGAAAAUCAAAUUUCAUGGAGACCAAGUGGUUCAUUAAUUGCAGUUUCACAUAGAUUAGAACAAAAUAAAAGACACGAUAUUUCAUUCUUUGAAAGAAAUGGUUUAAAACAUGGUGAAUUUACUAUUAGAUCAAAAGGUACAGUAGAAGCUAUUGAGUGGUCAUGUGACUCUGAAAUCUUAGCAUUAUUACUCAAAGUUGUUGGUGAUGAUGGUUCAGAAAAAACAGUUGUUCAAUUAUGGCAUCGUAGUAAUUAUUAUUGGUUCUUAAAACAAGAAAUUAACUGUGACUCUAGCGAAUCAAUUGUUCAUAUGAAAUGGGAUUUAAGUGCUCCAAUUCUUCGUAUUAUUACCUCCCAAGGUCGUUAUAAUGAAUAUCGUCUCUGUUGGGAUUAUGAUGUAUCACAAGGUUUUUCCUCUGAAAAUCCAUCAAUCGUUGUUAUGGUUGACGGUAAUACUUUAAAGAUGACACCAUUCCGCCGUUUAGUUACUCCACCACCAAUGUCCGCCUAUUCAAUCGCAUUACCAGCCAACUCUAAUUGUUCUGGCUUCUCAUUCAAUCGUAAUACAUUUCAACUCUCAGUUUUAGUUAAUCAAAUAAACAGUAUUUGCAUUUAUACACCAGCUUCUCUUCCAGCAAUUCCAGUUGCAACCAAACAACCAACAGUAGAUUUAACACCACAAUUAAAACCAACCAAUUAUUCAGUUCCACCAACUCUCACUGCUACAAUUUCAAUUGAUUCAUCAAAAUUACAAUUAUAUAAACUUCGUCACUUCUUUUGGUUAAAUGAAACUACAUUUGUUGCUGUCGAAUCAAACACCAACCAAAAUGAUUCAAUUGUUGAAGUAAUUAUCAAUAAAUCUAGCUUUGCAGUCGAACAUAUCUAUCGUGUCAACACACCAAAUAAAGUAUUACGUCUUACAAAUCAUCUCGAAUCUUUAGAUCAAGCUCUUUUUGAAACUGUUGAUGGUUAUCUCUAUGUUUAUAAUAGCUCAACCUGCCCUUCUUCAUCUGGUAGCAUGGAAUCACCAACUUCAAUUUCACCAUUCAUUUCACAACAACAAGAAAAUAUCUUUAAAUUCCCAACCCCAUGCCCAUGGUUCUCAUCAUGUACCAUCAAUCAAGAGGAUUCAGUCGUUGGUCUCAAUGAUAGAAACAAACUUUACAUUAAUCAAAAUUUAUUAUGUACAGAUUGUAAUUCAUAUUCCCUCCAUAACAAAUUCCUCCUCUUUACUACAGUUUCACAUGUUUUAAGAUCAGUUUCAUUAUUAGCACCAGCUCCAACUUCACCAUUGGUUUAUAUUCCACCAGCCCAACAAAAUACAUAUGCUAAUGGCAAAUCACAAGCUAUUCAACAAACUUCAAACUAUGAUGAUUCAAUUAGAGAUGUUGAAAGAGGUGCUCGUAUUGUUGCAGUAGUUCCACACGAUACCCGUUUAGUCUUACAAAUGCCAAGAGGUAAUCUUGAAGCUAUUUCACCACGUUCACUUACUUUAUCAACAAUCCGUGAACUCUUAAAUCAACAUGAAUACCUCAAAGCUUUUAUGUUAAUGCGUAGAAACCGUAUUGAUAUGAAUCUUAUCUAUGAUCAUAACCCAACAGAUUUCCUUCGUCAUGUUGAAACUUUUAUUGACCAAAUUCAAAAUAUUGAUUAUUUAAAUCUUUUCAUCUCAUCACUCAGAGAUGAAGAUACCACCAAAACAUUAUUUGUUGAUUUAGAAACCAAGCACCUUAUCCCACCAACCAAUGUUAAACCAUCAGCAGUCGUCGAAGGUAAAGUUAACUUAGUAUGCGAUAAAUUAAGACAAGUUUUAGUCGAAAAAGACUCCAUCAAAUUCAAUCUCCCAAUCCUUACAACUUAUGUCAAAAAAUCACCACCAGAACUCGACCAAGUACUUCGUCUUAUUCAAUCACUCCGUGGUGAGGAGGUUAAUGAAAAUGGUGAAACUAUUGUUAAUCGUUUAGCCGAAGAAUCUUUAGAUUACAUUGUUUUCUUAGUUGAUGUAAAUAAACUCUAUGAUAUCGCUCUUGGUACCUACGAUUUCGAAUUGGUUAUUAUGGUUGCACAAAAAUCACAAAAAGAUCCAAAAGAAUAUAUCUCAUUCUUACAAGAACUUCAAAAGAUGGAAAGAUUCUAUCAAAGAUACUCUAUUGAUAAAUACUUAAAUCGUUGGGAAACCGCACUUUACAAUCUUGCUAGAGCCGGUGAACAAUACGAACAAGAUUGCUUAGAGCUCAUCAAACAACACAAUAUCUACAAAGAAUCAUUGGUUAUUUAUGGUGGUAGUGAAAAAGCAGAAAUCAAAAAUCAAAAAGAAAUGUUUAAAAAAGUUUCAGAUAUUUAUGCAGAUUAUUUAGUUCAACAUAAUAAUUAUGAAGAUGCAGCUUAUCUUUACACAUCUGCAGGCGAAUCAAAAAAAGCUCUUUCUGCUUUCAAGGAUGCUUGUCUUUGGGAAAAUUCAAUUUAUCAAGCUAAGAAAUUAAAUUUCACCAAUGAUGAAUUAAAUAAUUUAGCUCAAGAAUGUUCAGAGGUCUUAAAACGUAACGGUAAAUUCAAAGAGGCCGGUUUACUCUUAUCUCAAUACUCUGAUUUAGAAACAUCUAUUUCAGCUUAUUGUGAAGGUUUCUAUUACAACGAUGCCAUUUUAUUAGCACAAAAUAAGGAUCGUUCCGAAUUGGUAGAUACUUUAAUUAAUAAAUCAAUUUUAGAAACUGUUGCUACCCAAACAACUGAUAUCAACAGCAACUAUGAAAAAUAUCAAAAGAUGGCAACAAGAAUCGUUAUUGUUCGUACCAAUAAGCUUAACUAUGUCCCAUUACUUUUACCAAGAGGUGGCUUAGAUCCAGAAACUAGCUCAAUGAUGUCAGGUAUGUCAGGUAUUUUCAGUGAAGGUGGUCAAUCAGUUAAUAGUGCUAUGAGUAGUGUUACCACUUCAUCAUAUGUUUCAACCUAUUCACAACAAACUGGUACAUUCUCAACUGCCACCAAAACUCGUUUAAAGAAAAAAGAUAAGAAACCAAAACCACAAAAGGUUCGUCUCACUGGUAAAGAAGGUAGUCCAUUUGAAGAAGAAUAUCUUGUUGAAGAAAUGAAAAAAUUAAUUCCAUCAAUUGCUCAACAAGAAAAUAUUGGUCGUAUUGUUAAAGGUCUUGUUAUUUUAAAUCUUUUUGAUGAAGCCCGUCAACUUAGUACCCUUUAUCAAAAAUAUUUAGAUCUCAUCGAUGGUUCGCUCGAUAAUCUUUCAGCUUCAGCUACAGCAAUAUUACCAGAAAAUAAAAAAGAAAAAGAAAAGGAAUAUCAAUUACAAUUACAACAAAUGGAAGAAGAACAACUUCAACAACAACAACAACAACAACCAGGUUUACCAGCUCAACCAAUUAAUAAUAAUAAUAAAUUUGUAACAUUAAAUAUUAAACAAAUUAAAGUUACAAGAGAUAAAUCAAAUUGGAACUUAAAUAUUUUUUAA